CAGACUGGCGGUGUCACACUUGACUCUGGCUGUGAGGAUGCAGGGAGGGAGCUGAGGUUAUUUAAAGAGGCUCAUCCAGUCAUCCAGAGAAAAACCCCACCGGCUCCUCAGCGUUGACUCUCCGCCUCUAGAUGCUCCUCAUCCCGCAGCGUGCGUCUGUCUGCGGCCGCUCGACGUGCGUCAGUCCGUGCUGAGGCCGAUCUGUCACAUCACAACCACCCGUCGACCAGCUCCCCUCCACCGGCUUCUCUCUCAGGGACCAACCCCGCUUAUCAUUUUCAUUAUUUUGCUGGGAUACGUGAGAAAUGGGUAAGGACUACUACAAAAGCCUGGGCAUCUCCAAAGGAGCCACGGAGGAGGACAUUAAGAAAGCCUACAGAAAACAGGCGCUGAAAUGGCACCCGGACAAAAACAAGUCUGCAGCCGCCGAGGAGAAAUUCAAGGAGAUCGCGGAGGCUUACGAAGUCCUGAGUGAUCCGAAGAAGAGGGAGAUUUAUGACCAGUAUGGAGAGGAAGGUCUUAAGGGAGGAAAUGGACCCACUGGCGAUGGGCCAGGCAACACUUUCACCUACACCUUCCACGGGGAUCCUCACGCCACCUUCGCCACUUUCUUCGGUGGCUCAAACCCCUUCGAGAUGUUCUUUGGGCGCAAAGCCAAUGGGCGAGACGACGAUGACAUGGAGGUGGACGGGAACGACCCCUUUGGCUCCUUCACCAGCUUCAACCUGAACGGCUUCCCCCGGGACGGCCACACCGGGCAGCAGCGCCGGAAACAGGACCCGGCCAUCGUCCACGAGCUGAGGGUCUCCCUGGAGGAGGUCUUCCACGGCUGCACCAAGAGGAUGAAAAUCUCCCGCAAGAGGCUGAAUCCAGACGGCAGGACCAUGCGCAACGAGGACAAGAUUCUCACCAUCGAGAUCAAGCGGGGCUGGAAAGAGGGGACCAAGAUCACGUUCCCACGGGAGGGAGACGAGUCGUCAAACACCAUUCCUGCCGACAUUGUUUUCGUCAUCAAGGACAAGCCACACCCUCACUUUAGGCGGGAAGGCUCCAACAUCGUGUAUCCUGUUCGCGUGAGCUUACGACAGUCGCUGUGCGGAUGCUCGGUUACCGUGUCAACAAUAGACGGCAAGACGUGCAACAUGAAGAUCACAGACGUCGUCAAGCCCGGCUUGAGAAAGACUGUGGCUGGACAGGGCCUCCCCUUACCCAAGAACCCCGAGCAGAGAGGAGAUCUGGUGGUGGAGUUUGACGUGAACUUUCCCGAAACGUUGCCCGGCAACGCCAAGGACGUCUUGAAACGGCAUUUACCUGCUUAGGACGAAGGACAGGGACCGAACGGGGGGAGACAACCGCAUGACAGCACUCCCCUUGUUACCAAACAAACUCACAGGGACAGUUUGGACAGCUCACAGAUGGACCUCCUACUAACUAAUGAGCCGUUUCUAUUUUUGAGCUGGUUGGUGUUUUUAUAAAUACCGUGCAUGCUGCCGAGUUGAUACAGGCGACAGACUGACUGUACACAUGUUACGUACGUGGGUCUUUUCCACAACAACUUUACCUUCUCGUUUGAUGGAAGUGUUUGGCUGUGAAUGAGUCAACAGCUGCCAGGAAACAAACUGCAGUGCCAAACCGUACGUUUCCGUGCUCUCUUUUUAGAUUUGAUCAGUUUGGAGGCUGUCUUAAGAAUCUGUGUACAAGUUAUUUAAGAGGAAAAAAGUGGUUGAGUGAACUUAAGAAUCUUACAUGUGAAGAUGCUGAACUUGAAUUUUAAAAUAAAUAUUUCCACAUGAACUGAUCUUGGGCUGUUCCAGUCAUGGGGAGGCACCCAGUGAAUCCUUCCCCCCCCCCCAUGAAAUAAACAGCGCUUUAACAAUAAUCACUUUAAAACCACUAAUGCUGCUUCGGCCUAUUUAUAGUCAGUCUGCAUAGCAAUAUUACCCAUAAUGAAUUCUCUCUGGCAUUGGCCCUUUAUCUGAAUAUUCAGAACUAUAUUAUAUUUUGAAAGUCAAAUGUGAAUAUUUUGUUGUUGUAAAACUUAUACGGUGAAAUUUCAAAGUUUAAAAUUAAAAAUAUAUCGAAUGAAGUUACUAAUAGAAAAAGUAUGAGUGUGUAAAUAUAGCCGUCUGGUCUCAGCUGCUGGAUAUCAGCUGCCAACGCAGAGACCUUAACAUUUUCCCACCAGGGGACGCCACAUCACUCAUCAUGACUCAGGGGGAGGGGGCUCUAUAAAAGCAAUAUAACGGCUGGUGUAAUUGUUAGAUACCUGCAAAAAGCUUUUAUUUUAUCCAUAUUUUUAUUAACUACCACAAAUAAGUAUCCUGUUAUUGAACCAUAAUCUUUGUGAAUGUUACCAGGGCCUCUGCUGGGGAACGAAUUGUUCCUUUCUCUGACAAAGAUUUGUAUCGUCCCUAAAAUACUCACAUCAGCUUGAGUAAAUGAUGAGUCACUGUUUUCCAGGGAGGGUGCAGAGUAAAUACACCUGCUCCUGCUCAUUGUGACUUUACCAGCCGGAUGGAAAUCUGCCCUGUAUGGAAAUCACUGUAUCUAAUAUAACCUAUAACAAACAGCUAAAUAUAUAAGAGGGCACAUUUAGGAAACCCACCUUAUUUUUUAUUAAGUACAAAGGGAUUCUUCAAAGCUUGAUUUACAGAGGACAACAGAUAUGUAGUUGGAGUUUAAAGCCCACAAUAGGUAUAAUAUUAUGAUAAAAAAAAUGUUUACUAGACAUGUUUGCUUCCAUGUUGACUCAUUUCGAAGGGAUGUGACGUCAUAUUAAGCAUAAGAAGCAGUUUAAAUUCACAAUAUUAUCACAUGAGAACAUGUUUUCCUAAUCGUUAUUGAGUAGUAACAGUUUUGAAUCCUGUCUCCAGAACUUCAUCUUGACAUUUGACCAACUUUUGUUUCUUCAGACCACAUUUUUAGACCUUAUCUUCUGUUCUUCAGUUGUCUGAGUAUUUGUGAAUAUUUAAAAUUCACUCACAUUUAUUUCCUUCUGCUUAGUCAACAAUAUAAAACAGUGGGUCUACGAUGUGUAAACUGAUUGAAACAGAUUGGUUUGGACCUGCAUCGUAUUAAGGUUGUGUACAUACAUUUGCAAGUACUGUACUUAGGUGGAAUUCUGCGGUAAUCAUUUGAACAUUUGCAUGGUGUUAUCAUUCAUCUGGUUCAUCUGUGCUCCUAAUAGCUUUCAAUGUAAGUAAAGGGGAACAAAAUCCACUGUCCUUGACCUUAAAAGACUUAUUUCAAAGUUCAUGUGUGUAAUUUGAAGACAUCAAUUUGAUUUGUGUAAUCCAGACAAGCUGAAAUCUCAUAUUAGAAUAAGGACUGUGGAUUGUGUCCACCAUUUGAAGUGCAUUAGGAAGAGAACAAUGAACAGGAGGGAUGAUUACAGCAAACUAAACUUAUUUAAACUCCAGCUCCAGAGGCACAGACGUACAAAGGACCCACCAGCAAAUGCUUUACAUCUCUUUGUGGUAGUGUUGCGUCUCUUUUGUGUCACUUUGUGUCACUUUGUGUGACCUUUCACAGGUGAACCAAACUCUCAGGUGCCACUGUCAGUUCCACAUAUGGACCUGGACUUCAGUAUUUUGUCUGCACCGGAGAUGAAGAGAGCUCUUCUCAUCUGCACAGAUAGUAAAAUGCAAUAUAGUUCAAUAUAAUAUGAAAAAUAAAAGAAGGCCUGGGAUGCA